UUGACCUUUGACCUUGCUUUGAAUCUCUUCCGACCUACGUUUCUGCAACUCCCAUUGAUACCUUCCCCAUACCAUACUCAAAACGAUAACAAUUCCAGCAUAUCUGAUUCUGAACGUGCAUUUCUUUUAAUUCACUUCCAAACGAUGUCGUUCGAGGAGGAGGAAGAAUCUCUCGAGCAAACCCUCCUGGUGGUACGUGAGGUCGCCGUUUACAAAAUCCCGCCCCGCUCCACCUCCGGCGGCUAUAAAUGUGGUGAGUGGCUUCAGUCCGACAAGAUCUGGUCUGGUCGGCUCCGGGUUGUAUCGUGCAAGGACCGGUGCGAGAUCCGGCUGGAGGAACCAAACUCCGCGGAGCUGUUCGCUGCGUGCUUUGUCAAGCCCGGGCAGCGAGAGAACUCCGUGGAGACGGUCCUUGACUCGUCGAGAUACUUCGUGUUAAAGGUGGAGGACGGACAGGGCAAGCACGCGUUUCUUGGGCUUGGAUUCGCGGAGAGGAACGAGGCCUUCGAUUUCAAUGUCGCGUUGUCGGAUCAUGAGAAGUACGUACGGAGAGAGAACGAAAAGGAGACCAGAGAAACCAGUGACGCCGACAACCUCAUCGAUAUUCAUCCGGCGGUCAAUCACCGGUUGAAGGAAGGUGAAACCAUCCGGAUAAACGUGAAGCCCAAACCAUCUAGUGGAACUGGCAUGCUUGCAGCUGUCAACCUUUCUGGAGGAGCUUCCGGGAGUGGAAAGCCAAAGGCUUUGGCCCUUGCUCCACCGCCCGGUGGGGCUGGAAAAGUUAGGACUCCUCUUCCUCCCCCUUCUAAUGAUCCUGCUGCUGUUAGGAAGACUUCUGCUAAUCGUGGUGCUGGUCUCAGUGCAACUAGUGAAAACACGAGAAGAUCCGAUCCUUUGUCAGAUAUUUCUCAACUUGAGAAGAAUCUUCCUUCGGGAUCAACGUCAGGAUCGGCCAAAACAGCAGCAUCUGGAUGGGCAGCUUUCUAAUUGUGUGUGCAAUUCAUCUAAUUAAGGUCUUGUUUGCUGAUUUAUUCAAAAGGAGGAAAAUUGUCCUGUGGAAUAUAUUUAUACGCUUCUUCUUGUCAUCCUUAAACUCAUAAGCUUUUUGGCAGCUAUGAUAGAGAAAUCAAUUAUGCGGCUGAUUUGGGUA